AUCUCUUUUAAGGAGCAAGAGGAGGAAGUUACAUUUUCCUUCAACUUUGCAAAACCUUACGAACCCUCCAUUAAUAUUAGCCUCCAACUUGCUGCAAUCACGAUGAACGAAAAGAAAAAAACCCUAGAUCAGAAUGAACAAAACUUAGUUCAAGCCACCUUCUCUCUCUCUAUUAGACUCAAAUAUGUGAAGCUUGGUUACCAUUACUUGGUCUCCAAUGCUUUAUACCUCAUGGUUAUACCCCUCUUUUGCAUUAUCUUAACUCAUCUUUCAACAAUUACAGCUGAAGAUUUCAUUCAGCUGAGUGAAAACCUUUGGUUGAAUUAUGUAGCAGUAUGGUUGUUGUCAAUUUUUAUUGUUUUCCUAGCUACCUUUUACUUCAUGUGCCGCCCAAGAAACGUGUACUUAGUGAAUUUCGCAUGUUACAAGCCUGAAAGAGCUCAAAUGGUGAGUAAAGAACUUUUCAUGCAGUUAUCUGCAAAAAAUGAACGCUUCACCGAAGAAAGUUUAACCUUUCAAAAGAAAAUCUUGGAGAGAUCAGGGUUCGGUCAAAUGACAUAUGGUCCAAAAGCCUUGAUGCAAGUCCCAGCUAACCUAACUAUGGCAGAGGCAAGGAAGGAAACAGAGACCGUUAUGUUCGGAGCAAUCGAUGAGCUCUUGGCAAAAACUGGGGUGAAACCGAGAGAUAUAGGAAUUCUUGUGGUGAACAGCAGUUUGUUCAAUCCAACACCCUCCCUCUCAGCCGCCAUCGUGAAUCACUACAAGCUUAGAGGGAAUAUUUUGAGCUACAAUCUUGGUGGCAUGGGUUGCAGUGCUGGCCUCGUCUCUAUCGACCUUGCCAAGCAGCUUUUACAGGUGCAUCGCAACUCUUACGCUUUAGUGGUUAGUACGGAGAACAUCACAUACAAUUGGUAUUUUGGCAAUAAUCGACCGAUGCUUGUGACAAACUGCCUAUUUCGGGUGGGUGGAGCUGCAAUUCUUCUAUCAAACAGAUCAUCUGAUCGACGUCAUUCAAAGUAUGAACUGAUUCACACCCUUCGUACUCACAAAGGUGCGGAUGAUAAGAGUUACAAUUGUGUAUUGCAGCAAGAAGAUGAAGUAAACAAAGUGGGUGUUUCACUGUCAAAAGACCUUAUGGCAGUAGCCGGGGAAGCCCUCAAAGCAAAUAUCACAACACUAGGGCCAUUGGUUCUUCCCCUGUCAGAGCAACUCCUGUUUUUUGCAACUUUAGUGGCAAGAAAAGUUUUGAAAAUGAAGAUAACACCAUACAUUCCAGAUUUUAAGUUGGCAUUUGAGCACUUCUGCAUUCAUGCAGGGGGGAGAGGGGUUCUAGAUGAAUUAGAGAAAAGCUUGGGCCUCACUCAAUGGCAUAUGCAGCCUUCCAGGAUGACUCUCUACAGAUUUGGCAAUACUUCAAGCAGUUCUUUGUGGUAUGAACUGGCUUACUCGGAGGCCAAAGGAAGAAUAAAGAAGCGUGACAGGGUCUGGCAAAUUGGGUUCGGAUCAGGAUUUAAAUGCAACAGUGCUGUUUGGCGUGCAGUAAGAACAGUGAAUCCAACCGUGGAGAAGAAUCCUUGGAUGGAUGAAAUCAACAAAUUUCCUGUGCAAGUCCCUCAAGUGACAUCCAUCGUUUAUUAAAUCUUAGGAAUUCAAUGUUUCUAGCUACCUGUUAUCUAUCACAUGCCUGCAUGAAUUCAAUCAAAAGGCAAAAGUAGUUAUAGGCUUAUAGCUAUUAAUUGGAUUCUCAAGUAGUAAGGUGGGAAUUUAAAGAAUUAAUUUUGGUUAUGUACUACAAUCAAGAUAUAUAUGAAAAAAAUUAUGAGAAAUAACCCUUCUUAUAAGUUCAA